AUGUCUUCCGUUCUAAAGUUUCCACCACGCGACGCCACUGGACAGAAGGAAGAGCCAAAGUCUCUAGACAUAUUCAACCCUGAUCCUUCUCAAAAAUUGAGCACAGCAUUUAACUCUUCUGGAGGGGACAUAAAGUAUAAACGUCGUAAAAUCGACGUUUCUAUAGACUCGGGCGUUAGUGUACGGCCGGGAGGAGAAUUCGUUGUCCAGACACCAGACUUUUCAGUAAUAGACUGGAAUUCAAUAGAUUUCAUAAUAAUCUCUAAUUUUAGACAUAUGCUUGCUUUACCAUUUAUCACGGAAUACACGAAGUUUGAAGGAAGUAUAUAUGCCACGGAGCCGACUAUUGAGCUUGGAGGACAGCUUAUGAAAGAACUGGUACACUAUUUCGGAGAGAGUCCUCUUUCUGAUGCGACUAAACGACGCGCAUCUACUCAAUCAAAAAAGAAUACUGGAUCAAUAGAGAAUCACGCUCGUUCAUUAUAUUCAUUAGCUGACGUUCAAGCAUGUAUUAAAAAAAUACAGCCUGUGAGAUAUGGUGAAGAACUGAUGGUGUAUGAUUCGCUUAAAGUAACUGCUUUUAGCUCUGGCUAUUGUUUGGGAGGCGCGAACUGGACUAUAGAAUAUGCGUAUAAGAAGGCUUGUAUAUCAAUUAUAUCUUCCUCUUCUAUCGGAAAUAACAUUCACCCUGCUCCUUUUGAUAAUGCCGUCUUGGAAAAUGCCAACGUGAUGCUUUUAACCGACAUCCGCAAAGAAUUAAACGACUCUUAUGAUGAGAUUCUUAAUGAUAUCCAAUCAAGUGUUGCUAAUAGCUUACGGCAAGGUGGUAAUAUCUUAUUUCCGUGUACUUUAAACGGGAUUAUUUUCGACUUAUUGAAAAACCUAAGUAAUCGCUUGAAAGCCGCCCAGAACACGUUUUACAUUGCUUCUCCGGUGGCCGAGGAAUCACUUCAAUAUUCCAAUAUUCUAUCAGAAUGGAUGUGUGUUCAGAAUCAAGAAAAGGUUUAUGUACCUGAAGACCCAAUGGAACACAAGAAUUUAAUGGCUCAAGGGAGACUAAUUCAUGUCGCGCAUGUUGAUAGUUCGAUUAACGAAAGAUACAAGGAACCAUGCAUAGUUUUCGCUGGACAUCCUUCGUUGCGAAGUGGUCCCGUUAUUGAUUUUAUACAUAAAUGGCGAGAAGAUUCUAAGAAUAUCAUGAUCUUAACAGAUUCCGAAUUUGAUUGUAAUACAACAUUGUCUCUCUUUGAAGGAAUGAAAAUGAAGAUCAAAUAUUCACCGAUAGAUAUACGAAUGUCAAUCAAUCAACUUAGCGAGUUAAUGAAAGGAAAUAAUACACCACAAAUCAUAGUCUCGUCUAAUGCUGCUGGUACAAUAGAAAAAUAUUUUCCGUAUUCAAGGUUAAGUUUCUACGAAUACUUGGAUACUCUAAAGACACCCAUUAGGGCUCAGUAUGAAAGAACACAAUUAAAAGAAACGCUUGCAAAAAACAUUCGUCCAAUAAAAAUCGAAGAUGCUUUUCUUGCUCCUCUGCAAGGCAAUUUGUUAAUUCAAAAUAGUCGAUUCAUAUUAGAACAAGAAACUGAAGAUUCACCUACCUCGAGACUCCUUUUGGGUAAUGUGCAGCUUCACAAGAUGUUAACUCGUUUAUCCGAGGUUGGUAUCGACGAUGUUAGUAUAACGCGAGAUGAGAUAACCUCAGGAUAUAUUAUUACCUUGGAUUCCCCAGCAGCAACGAUUAAAUUGAAUAGUGGUAGAUCAACGAUCGAAACUUUUGAUAAUGACACCAGAAAAUAUUUGUCUGAACUAUUAAUCUCUAGUCUUGAUGUGCUUGCCGAAAAAGAUAUCGAGUCUGUGGUGGAAUUUUUUGAGAAUUUCCAAUCAUCAUCAUUUUUUACAGAUUCUCGAAUUACAACAACAUCAGCAACGAUCGAUACGCAGAAUCAACGGGAACGACGUGCAAUUCUAACGAAUAUCACGAAAAUCAAUGGCUUAAUAACAGGAUAUCGUGAUUGCUUUCUUGUUUCUUUAUCUGACAAUAAAGCAAUUGACAAUUCAUCAUUUGGUUCUGUUGAUGCUUCUCUUUUGAUGAAAUUGUACCAAUUGUUUUUUGAGAUAUUGGAGAAAAGACACAGCGAUUUGAUGAGGAUUCUUUUGCUUCAUGAUCAAUUUAUCGUAUUUGCCACUCGCAAACUUUUGUUGGAUUGGAUUUUUGUGGCUGAUUUACAUUACUAUUAUCAGACAAAAAAAGAUACCUUAUCAUCAAUAUUACCUUCGUUUACUCAAAUACUUUGGGCAUUUCUUGACGAGAUUAGUGUCGAUAUAGAAAAAAAUCACGAACCAAAUAAAAUAAAUGACAAAAACAAAAAUAGAUAUCACUUGGCAGUAAACGCGAUUCUCGAAAUCUACCACAAAGUUCUUAAAGAUUUUAGAAAACGAUUACGUAGUCAAUGUAACAAUAAGAAUGUAAAAAAUAAAGGUGAUGAAGAUGGGGGAGGCAUUGAUAGUGAAGAUAUUAGCAAAAAUAGUUCGCAUGUCGCGGCGAAACAAAUUCUUCAUACACAAGAUAUUUGGAAAUGGAUUAUAGAGUUCAUUAAAUAUUUGAAUAACGUAAUGGAGAGGAUGACCAUCACCAACACCACUGAUUCCGAAAACCAUCAAAAGAAACUACAAGAUGAUGAUGUUUAUACCAUUGUAAUUGUCCCUAGUCUCGUAUUACUUGUCGAUGUCCUAAAGAUAAAAGAUAUUUUGCUGCUAGUCAAAGAUGAUAAAGAAGACGAUGAUGAUGAAAUUACUAAUAAUGUUGAAAAGGAAUCUUUAAGCACUUUAUAUCGUCAAGUAUCAACGUUGUUACUAAACGAUAAACAACACAUAACGGCAAUAAGACGAGUACUCGAGAUUUUAUUGUUGAUUUCUAAAUCCACAGAUAAUGAUAUUUCAUCGAUAUCUACAGUACUGUUUUCCAAAUCCCAGUACACUCUUCAUCUAUUGACCAAUCUCACACCACCUAUUCUAGAGAAAAUAUUGUUCCCUUCUUAUGACGAAUACACCGAAUUCUUUUAUACGCCGCCACCGCCACAAUCGCCUUCAUUAUCACAGAUAUCACAAACUACAAUAAUUUACGAUCGUGAAUCUCUGAAACGCGUAUCUGUUAUAUACAUGUCAUCGGCUAUCAGACUGAUUGAUAUUUUCACAGAACAAAAACAAGAAGACAAGGACGAGGAUGAUGGAAAAACGUUUAAUAAAAUCCUUGUUGAUUUUGAGAGUAUUAUUAAUAACAUUGAGAUUCAUAAAAAUUAUAAUGUGUUGAAUGAAGUUAUUAACACUGUUAAAGUACUAUUAGAAAGUCCACAAUUACCAAACUUUAUUUCUCACUUGUUUGGCGAGAAUGAUGGUGACAUGAUCUCAUUUAUUUUGAGUAUGGUUCAAUUAUCUACACGAUUUCCAAAAUUUGAGCAACGAAUAGAAGAAUUGGCAAAAGAUAAAAAAGAAAAAAGUCUACAACUCUUCACCAAACUUUCCACUUUCAUAAAAACCCUCCUCAUAAAGUGCACCCCGCACGACCUCUUUCUCCGAUUCACAUACGAUCUCAGUUUCGAUCACUCUGUGCUAUUGGAUUUCUUGAUUUCCGAUGAAACAGAGUUUUUGGAAUUUUUUGUCAUUUAUUGCAAAUAUUUGGUGUGUGAUGUGGAAGGAUUCGUCAAAUGUUUUAAGAGAAUUGUGGAGCAAAUUGGAGAGGAGGAUGGUGAUGACGAAAAAGAAGAAAAGAAAGACAAUAUUAAUACGGAAUCAGAGAUGGAGACAGAAAUCGAGUUAUCAUCAUCUCAGCAAAAAUCAUUCAUCAAAUUCUUGACCAUGUUUAUGAACUUACGACAAGCAAUCGAAUCUCUAAUGUCUAAACAUCUGUUUCCAUAUAACGCUACUUCAUUGGUGAGGCGAAUUAAACAAGUGGAAGAGACUUUAGCGAAUUUAUUUGAAGACGAAAACAAUUAG